CGCAGGAAAACUUCUAUCAGCUCCAAAGUGCUCCUAAUACCAUGUUCUCCCGAAUCGCGUCAACGACGGCCAAGCGAGUGGCAUCAUUGCAGACAGCGAGGGGAUCGCAAUUUGCCCGCACGUCGUGUGCCGCCUUCUCGACCGCCGAGGUCGUUCCUGGUGUCGGCGCUGGCAAGACAUCAACUGGUAUCGUACGUCCUUUUUCUUUGUGAUUUGGAUACUAAUCUUCUUUCCAUCCCUACGCAAAAGAGACACGAAGCGAAUCAUGAAAGCGUUUCUCACCUUCGAUGCCUCCUUGCCUCGUUCACAUUUUGCUCCUCUGUUGAAUGCAAUGAUGGAACUGAAUGCUCUUGUAAAAUUUUGAUAGGUUGGCCUCCCAGCGGAUCCUGACGCCGUAUCUAAUAUUAUCAGUGCAUACCAAGCGCUUUUGGAUCGUAUGGCUGCUAGCGAUCUCCCUGAAAAUGCACAAUAUCGAGUAGAUUUGGAAAAUAUUUCGAACUACCGCAUCAAAAUUGCGACAGAAAACCCAGACGAUCCCGAAAUGGUAGAGGAAUUGUGCCAGUGCGGGCAGGUUGAAGAAUUGGUUCAACAAGCCGAGUUGGAAAUGUCAGUCUUAGAAAUGUACCUGAAAGAACGCCUAUGGGAAGAAAUUGAUUACGAGGUCGAUGUAGAAGUCGAGCACAACCCGGAUCCAUCUAAAGAUGGAGAGGGAUUGGGCGACGAAGCUUAAUUUGGAGCCGAGGAACAAAAAAGACAGCUACAA